UUGAAGACUGUCCACUAGGUGGCGCUGUCAGGCUGUGGGUCAGCAGCGCGUCCUGCCGGCGGAGUGCAGGUAACGUUCACGGUACCGCCUCUGCUGUCGGUCCAACCAACUUGGACAACAUGCCGCUUUCAAACAGAGUCACACCGCAGCAACUUUCUCUCUGUGGCCGGACUGAAGUGAUCAUCCGAAGCGUUUCCUCGACUCAGACACAAACGCCACAUGGUCGACGCUGAAUUCUCCUGAAAUCUGAAAUGUGGUCGGAACUCACCUGAGCGGAGUAUAGGUUAACUUCCACACAGAAAUAGACUCGUGUUUCUUUUUUACUAUUAUUAUUAUUUUUAUUGGAGUAAUAUCUCUGGAUUUUAUUAAAAUGUCUGUGCUGUGGACGAACUACAUUUUCUUCCUGGCGUGUUGCUGUGGAUUAGGCUUUGGGAACCCAAACAGAUGCGAUGAAGUGCGCAAAGUUUUCCAACUCAGACAAAUUGGACCAAAUCAAUUAUUGCCUUUAAGUCCUCGACCAGGUUCAGACCUUCAGGUGUGCACGUCCAAGAACCUGACAUGCUGCACCAAAAAAGUGGAGGAGCGGUACCAGGUGGCAGCCCGGAGAGACAUCCAGAACCUUAUCCAGAUGUCCAGCUCCAGCCUGAAGUUUCUAAUCUCCCGUAAUGUGGCUGCUUUUCAAGACACCUUUGAGGUCCUGAUGAGGCAGGCGGAGAAUCACACUAAUGUCGUCUUCCAGGAGUCGUACCGCAACAUGGCUGAUCAGGCCAUGGGCCCUGUGCGGGAACUCUUCACUGAUAUUGGUCUUUUCCUGCUCGGCUCUGAGCUUAACGUUGAUGACUUGGUGCAGCGAUUUUUUGAUGCCCUCUUCCCACUGGUCUACAAUCACCUCAUUAACCCAGGCCUCAGCGACAUAUCGGCAGGGUACGCAGAGUGUGUGAGGCAGUCCAGCCGUGAUGUAAGACCGUUCGGUGGGACGCCCAGCGUCCUGGCUGAUCAGAUCACUCGCUCUGGGGUCUCUGGUAAGCUUCUUCUUCAGGCCCUGCACCUCGGCAUCGAGGUCAUCAAUACCACAGACCACUUACAGCUAAGCCGCGAGUGCAGACGGGCCCUGCUCAAAAUGCACUACUGUCCUCACUGUCAGGGCUUAACCCAGUCUAAGCCCUGCAUGGGUUACUGCCUCAAUGUGAUGCGGGGCUGUUUGGCGAGCAUGGCAGAGAUUGACAUCCACUGGAGGGAAUUUGUUCGCUCGCUGGAGGGUCUGUCGGCACGGAUGCACGGACCACAGGAUUUGGAGCAAGUGCUUCUGGGGAUUCACACUGUCCUUCACGAUGCCGUCGGACAAGCUCAGAAAAAUGGACCCCGCCUCUCGGCGCAGGUGCACAAACUGUGUGGCACACCGAACAGGAAGCCUGCACAGUCAGUCAGCAUCCAACACAGCAGCAGCAGCAGCAGCAGAGAAUCCAUCCCUCUCAAAGCUCCCGUCAAGGUGUCAGGGGACUCGCUCGCUGUGAGGAGAAGGGACUUUCUGAACAGUCUACGUCUCUACCGCACGUACUACGGUGGCCUGGCGGAUCAGCUGUGUGUGAGCGAGCUGGCCCCAGGUGACGGGCUGUCUUGCUGGAAUGGAACCGACAUUGUAAAAAGCUACACCCUCCGCGUAGUGGGCAAUGGGAUCAAGGCUCAGAGUAUCAACCCCGAAGUCAAAGUGAAGGGAGCGGACCCUGUGAUAAAUCAGAUCAUUGACAAACUGAAGCACAUCAAUCAGCUGUUGCAGGGAAAGUCCAUCCCUAAACUGGGGUCUCUGGACCAGAUUGAAACAGGAAGUGGAGACGCAGAGGGGCGUUACAGUGGUGACUGUGAUGAUGAGGACGGUUGUGGGGGUUCAGGUGGUGGCGAGAAUAGGAAGAACGUCCCCAGAGUCUCCAAAUUGAGUCCAGAUGUGACCGGUGAUCAUAAACACCAUCACCAUCAUCGUCAUUAUCCACCUGCUGAGGAUUCAGAAGUGGAGGGAAGAUCCAGGAGCCUUGGACUGACACCAGCCAUCUGGGUCUUGAUAUUGCCUUUUUUACAUAUUCUCCUGGCCUUGUAACAGCUGCCUUUUUGCAGCAUGGAACUUUCAGGACUUGAUAUCAAGCUUAUUAAUUCCGAAUUAAAAGAACCAGUGGACAUAACAAGCUCCUGUAAUGCAAUGGAGCACCACUUCCACACAGUGCAGGACACGGGGUAGGAGUGAACAUUAAUGUUUGUGUGGAAAUUGCAAGACACUGUGGCUUCUAUGUAAGACAGCAUUUUGUUCAGCUUUACGAAUAUUCAUUCUUUUUUUUUAUCAGUUACCUGGCAUUCAUUAACACUAAUAAUGACUUAUUUAUAACAGCCGAUGUCAAAACUAAGUACAGCAUAUGUUGUAAAAGUCUGGUAUUAAUUUAAUUGUAUUUCUGCACAUAAUAUAUAUGAUCUUUAGAUGUAUAUAAUCAUUAAUUUGCUUCUGCAUAUCACACUGUAAUGCACUCCUAACAGUGUAGGAUUUACUUCUUUUAAAUGGGGUUUUGCAACUGCUGUGACAGAAGACUUGUAAUCUAGAAGGUUACAUUUGAUAUUGGAUUGAAAGCACAUUCUUCACAGCUCUCGUCGUUGCGAUUUUUGUACAAGCUCAAUUAAAAUGGCCUGUUAUUCUUCUACCAUCCAAUGAAUCCGCUCUGUGUAUAAACCAAUGUUUUUCUUACAGACAGACAUUUUUUCAUACAUUUCUUCAGAUUGUGCUUUAGAUCACUGUAUAAGGCCUAGAGUAAGCUCUCAGGUAAUGUAUAUUCUUAUACAUUCUUGUGAAUGGAUCAAAAAAGAAUUCAAGGCACCUGCUUCCCUUCACUUGUAAAAGCUGCCGUGCUGUCCAGACUCCAUUUAAUCGCCAUAUUUCAAUUGCAAAAUUGACCUGUAAUGCUACUGCUGAGAGAAAUGCUAAAAGGAGAGAGGUGGGCAGGUGGACGUGGCAGGGGGAGCCAAGUGAAAGAAUUCAUACUCCUUUCUUCUUUAGAAAUAGUUUAGUUUCCUCAGGAGCCUAUUAUCAUCUUUCAAAUUCAAUCCUCCUUCCUGCCUCCACAUGGGCCUGGGUUUGAGCUGAUAGCUCCCGAAACCACUGGAGGAGGAAGAAUCCAGUUGCUUCUACCUGCUACCUGACUGCAUGCUGCUGGUGUGUUGCUGGCAGAUUGCAAAGAAAAGGAAAAUGAUUUGUUUCACAUAUGCCAUGCAUGUCUGGUCAAUGGCUGAGAGAGAGAGAGAAAGUACUCAACGGUGCCAAUGGUGUUUUUUUGCUCACAUAUGCUGGGGAAAAAUUUUUUUUUUUUUUAAUUCUGCAGAAGCUAAAAAGAAAGAUUUUAUAUCCACUGCUAUACACAGCAUAUGUGUGUGUGUGUGUGUCUAUAUAUACACACACAUGGAAAUACAUGGAAAAUGAAUGAUUGCUAUUUUAAAUAGAUGAGAAAAAAAAACCCUCAAACAUUCAAUCUGAGCUCAAAACAGCUUUUAGAUAUUCCAGCCAAAGGUACAAUCUCCUCAGGUACAUGUUUGAUCAUAUGUGAUGAUAUUUUAGACGCCUGUGACCUCCCUCAUGCUGCAAUCUUCCUAAAGCAUGCAUAGUAUUUUAUUUUUUUUAUCUGUCAUUUUCACCUUUGAUGUAGCAAGUUAGACAUUUAUCAUGAUAUAAAGUCAAGGCUGUUUGAGCAGCCGAACCACUUGAGUAGCUUGGAGCAUUUCCAACAACUGUCUCGAGGUUUAGAUAUAACUUUGAGAUUAAUUACACUCAUCAUUUCUUACCGUGCUUUAAAUUCAAUGCCUGUGUAUGAGGCUUUUUGAGGUGACAAUAGUCACUGCUUAACUAUUUUAAUACAGCUGUUUAACUAUCUAACAAGUCAUGACUGCUCCCCAAAACCAAUUAUAUCACAGGUUGGCACCAUCAAAGUCGGUGCUAUUGCUAUUUGAACAACUGUGUUAAUGACACUAUUAAAGAAUAGUGUUCAGGCGCUACCAGAUAACAGGCAGCCGGCACAGAGCCAGAGGUGCCUUGAGGCAAAAUACAGAUGUCA